AUGUUGAUCGGAUCCCACAGACGCGAUAUUUCGGAUAAAGGAACCCUGACCACCGUCCUCCUGGUGAACAACGUUCACUGCGCAUCAUGUGUGGCCUAUGUUGAAGAAGUCCUGUCCGGAAUGUCAUCAAUCAAGAACGUAGAUGUCUCGAUCCUCACCCAUGAAGUACGAGUCCGUCAUGGCUCGACCACCGGAGCUUCAGACCUGCCUAUGGCCCUGAUCCAUGCGGCCUUCGAAGUCCACCACGCAACGACUUACGAUCAGGAAGGUCGUCCAAUUUCUGACAUUGAUACAUCUGACUGGGAUACCACGCGUCCCAGGACUCCACGGAGGCCAUCUUCGUGGAUACCUUCCAAUCCUUCUACCAGACCUGAACAGCCACGGGCGAAAAGCAGACAAACAAUACAUAUCGAGAACUGCGAAGCGUGCCGAAAAGAAGAACUUGGAAAAUCUAUUCAUCCUUCACAGUCAUUGGGCGCACUUGACACCAAGAAGAGGGCAUUGGAUGAUGGCACCAUUCCAUUGUUUUGUCACCAGUCUCUGUCGAGUUGUGAAAAGGAGACAGAAGAUCUGCUUUCUCCAGUCGAAACGAGUACUUCCCACUUAACUGAGGCCGCUGAAGAGUACGAAGCCCGCCUCAGCAUAGGCGGAAUGACAUGUGCUUCAUGUUCCAACGCCGUUACGAGUGAGGUUCAGCAGCUGGACUGCGUUAAGAGCGUUACUGUUAACCUACUCACAAACAGCGCUACCUUGGCAUUUACCGGCCCGAAGGAAAACAUAGACAAAAUCAUAGAGCAAAUAGAAGACAUCGGUUAUGAAGCAUCGCUUUACGAGCUUCAUGCCAAGCGCCGACCUUCGCCGGAAGAAUCCGGGAAAGAGCCGACUACCUACAUGGCAGAGAUCAGUAUCGGUGGCAUGACCUGUGGAUCCUGUGUCGGUGCAGUCACCCGUGGCCUCGAAGAACUGCCCUUUGUUAAAAGCGUUGCGGUAGACCUUUUGUCCAACAGUGGCAAGGUUGAGUUUGAGGGAAGAGAUAACCUGGAUAAGAUCUCAGAGAAAGUUGACGAUCUGGGAUAUGACUGCUCAGUGGUCAAUUGCCAUCCCGUGGAUCCCAAUGGAGACGAAACAACCGAAGUGUCGACAACUAGGACGGUCAUGAUCCGUGUCGACGGAUUAUUCUGCCAUCACUGUCCUGAGAAAGUAGCCGAAUCAUUGGAGGUGUUCAGAGGUGACACUUUCGACUUUGAGAUAGAGCAAAUGCUGUCCCUCAAUGACCCUAUCCUGAAGAUUACCUAUACACCGGCACCCCCGACACUCACCAUUCGAAGCAUUCUUUCGGCAAUCCAGGAGGCCAACCAGGCCUUCACACCAAGCAUCUAUCAUCCUCCUAGCAUCGAGGAUCGUUCACGUGCGAUGCAACUACAUGAGAGGCGCCGGUUGCUGUCUCGUGUAUUCUUUGUAUUCCUUGUGACUAUACCUACCUUUUUAAUCGGGAUUGUGUUCAUGUCAUUGGUGGCACCCACGAACCCGAUUCGUAGAUAUCUUGAAGAGCCAAUGUGGGCAGGUCGAGUAUCUAGGAACGAGUGGGCACUUUUCAUUAUGACGACUCCAGUGAUGUUCUACGGCACCGAUGUGUUCCACGUCCGAGCCAUGAAGGAAAUCCGCGCUCUUUGGCGGCCUGGCAGCAGGGUUCCAAUUCUGCGGAGGUUCUAUCGAUUCGGAAGCAUGAAUCUCCUUAUUUGCGCAGGCACUAUGGUCGCUUAUAUAUCGUCUCUCGCGGUUUUGAUCAUUGACGCCGUGGUCAACACUCCUUCAAGCAGACAGAGCUCGACAUACUUCGACUCCGUUGUCUUCUUGACUCUCUUCAUUCUUGCCGGACGUUUUUUGGAAGCGUACAGUAAAGUAAAGACGGGUGAUGCUGUUGCCUCCCUUGGGAAGCUCAGACCUUCAGAAGCUUUGCUUAUUACCGACAAUACGGAUCGAUCGGACAACCAAGCGGAAAAUCCCCAAGGGCGGAAAAUGCAACGAGUUAGUGUCGACUUGCUGGAAGUUGGUGAUAGGGUUAAUGUCCCCCACGGAGCCUCUCCUCCAGCGGAUGGCACUGUUGUGGGCAGUGGCUCGUACCGGUUUGACGAAAGCUCCUUGACUGGAGAAUCAAGGCCAGUUCACAAGGCAGAAGGUGAUAAAGUCUACGCAGGUUCCGUCAACCUUGGCCAGCCGGUGUCAGUGGUAGUGACCGAACUAGGAGGUACCUCGAUGCUUGACCAAAUUGUUGCAGUCGUCAGGGAGGGCCAGAGCAAGCGAGCUCCAUUGGAGAGAGUGGCUGAUAUACUAACUGGAUACUUUGUCCCCGUCAUCACCCUCAUAGCCAUACUCACAUUCAUCAUCUGGCUUUCUCUUGGGGAAUCUGGUGUUUUACCAGCCGACUACCUUGACGUCGCUCAAGGUGGAUGGGCGUUUUGGAGUCUGGAGUUUGCUAUCUCAGUCUUCGUCGUAGCAUGUCCUUGUGGAUUGGCACUCGCCGCCCCAACAGCCCUCUUUGUCGGUGGAGGUUUGGCCGCGAGACAUGGUAUCCUUGUUAGGGGAGGUGGUGAGGCGUUCCAGGAAGCAAGCCGCCUUGACGCUAUCGUCUUCGACAAGACUGGUACCUUGACCGAGGGGGGAAGUCUGAAGGUAUCCGACCACGAGGUUCUUGUGACUGACACCGAGGAUGAACAAGUCGCCUGGGCGCUUACACGGGAGUUGGAAGACAGCAGCAACCACCCUAUUGCAAGAGCCAUCUCCGAACUCUGCAGUACAAAGGCCCGAAUUUCGAUAAUAUCAUCUGACAUCCACGAGAUAUCCGGUCAAGGAAUGAAGGGUAUCUUCACUGUCUCCGUUGCUGGUGCUACAAAGCAAAACAAGUACGAAGCAGCUAUUGGGAACGAACGGCUUCUUAAGUCUCUUCCUUCUUCUCAUACGGAUACCUACUACCUUGAAAACCUACUCUCCCGAUAUCAAUCCGCUGGAAAGUCAACUGCUAUACUUUCUCUUCGCAAAAUAUCGGAUGCAGAACCGGAUACUACCUUUACUCCAGCUAUUGUGUUCGCGACGUCCGACCCUAUACGCGCUGACGCUGUGGAAGUUAUUUCUCAACUUCAGGAACGCCAUAUCAACGUAUUCAUGUGCACGGGAGACAAUCAAACGACCGCACACGCCGUUGCCGCUACCCUUGGAAUUCCACGUGAAAAUGUGAUGGCAAAUGUCAUGCCUAACCAGAAGGCCGAUUUCAUCCGCGGAAUCCAGCAAGGAGGCUCCCAGGAUGAUGCAGAAGGCACAUUCCAGAACACGAAACAGUCUAAGAGGACGAUCGUAGCUUUCGUAGGCGACGGAACAAACGACUCACCAGCUCUCGCGGCCGCGGACGUCAGCAUCGCCAUGGCUUCUGGCUCCGACGUCGCGAUCAACUCCGCCAGUUUCAUCCUUCUGAAUUCCGAACUGACAACAAUCCUGAAACUGGUUACCCUCAGUCGCCGCGUUUUCCGUCGCGUCAAGAUGAACUUCGGCUGGGCAGCCAUCUACAACGUUAGCCUGGUGCCUAUCGCGGCCGGCGUUCUCUACCCCAUCGUCAGCGGAACGAAAUACGAAAUGCUCAAUGGCAAGAUGACGCUAGUCAACGAACACUGGCGGUUCAGCCCUGCAUGGGCAGCCUUGGCUAUGGCGCUGAGCAGUGUCUCGGUUGUCUGUAGCAGCUUGGCUCUUAGAAUUGAAGGGAAGAAUAUCCGGAAGUUCUUCGGGAUGACGGAUUGAAAGAAAUGGCAUAAUUCCACAUGAAACUUUCACCCGUGGCCUGAAUGCUGUUUUGUGCAUAUUCAAUGUCUUACGCCUAUAAUGAUAACGAUGUGGCAUAAAAUCCAAAUUUCGAUGCGUCAUACCCAUACGGAAAGUGGCGUGCUAUGUGGUAGGGGGCGAUUAUGCGUUCAUAUUAUCAAUGUCUUCGUUGGGCAUCUUUUUACUACUACGAAUCGUUACCAUAUGGUGUAUUAAUGUAUUUAUCUACAAUAGCCCAAAUGGGGAUAUGUAUGAAUCGU